AUGAAAUACACAACCACAGUUACUUUGGUUGUAUUGUGUGCCAUUUUAAUGGCCAACGUUGCCUUGUGUGACUUGUACAUGCACAACCCACGUGGUUCAAUUAAUAGAAAUUGUGAACGUGAUGCCAAUCGUCGUAAUGCUAACCGUUUAUUCGACUCUCAAGAUAACGCUGCAGGUGGUUAUGCUUGCCCAAGAAAGGUUGGUGGCAAGGCAGUCAAGACUCCAAAGAUGUACUAUUAUGAAGGCUCUGAAUUGUAUUUGGAAUGGACCUCACAACACUCUUGCGGUGAACAUAACAAUUAUUGUGAGAUGGUUAUUCAAUACAUGUGUAACGAUACAGUUGUUGGUACUGACGCAGACUAUGGCGAUUAUUAUGCUGUUCGUGAUGGUAUUCCAACCGACGCAAACGACGACGCAACUGAUACUAUCAGUGAAGCCACACAAAAUGACUUGAGAUACGGUGCACACGAACAAUUCCAAAAUUACUUCAAGUGUAGCAAGAGAUUGAGAAAUUCUGGCUUGUAUAUUGCUGAUAGAAAUUUGGGUUCUCAAGCCACCUCUACCAGACAAAACAAUGGUGCUGAAAGAUUUGGUUUCGAAUGUACUGAAGAACGUGAUUAUUAUCCAUAUUGGCAUACAUCUCCAUGGGUUGAUAUUGCUGUCUAUACUUCAAAUACUUCAAUGUGUCAAUGGUAUCAAGAAAACUCCCAAAAUGUUGCUCCACGUGGUGAAUGUUGGGAUGCUGGUAAGAAGAAUUAUUUGCAAUACAAUAAUAUUCGUGAUUGUACUGAUAAGGAUAAGACCAAUGUUUGGGUUGAAGUUCCUGCUUGGGGUGUUGAUGCACCAGAAUGUUUAUCUUCAACAUUGAUUGCUGCUCGUGACAAUUAUUUGGGUAACUCUGUUGAUGGUCAACAUGCUACUUAUAAGUGGACUUUGCCAUUCAUUGAAAAGAUGCCAUAUGAUAGUGUUGCUAAGAAGACUCACCACGAAAAUUGUGUCUUGAGAAUGAGAUAUAACAUUACUACUACUGAAACUCCAUUCUUUAUGGAUUAUAAGUAUAACUAUAGAGUUAAUGAUAAGACAUCUGCUACUCCAAUUAGACAAGAUCCAUGGGAAACCUUUGGUUAUCAAUCUGAACUCCAUUUGGCUGUUAACACUAACCAAUAUGGUAGAACCUUUGAAGAUAGAUCCUAUGUCUUUGAAAUUAGAGAACGUCCAUCAACUGUUCCAAAGUGGGUUACUAUUCACAAUCUUAACGUUCGUGGUAAGAGAGGUAACAUUGUCAACGUUUUCCCAUCUGUCGAAUAUGACUUUGUUCCAAACACUUUGACUGUUGAUAACAGCCAUAGAAUCCACGUUCAAUGGACUGGUUCUGACUAUAAUCCAAACAGAACUCCAAACAAUGCUGAAGGUGGUCCAAAGGAUCCAGCUCAAAAUGGUUACAGAGCUGAUCGUUCCAACAUUGUCCAAAUGGAUGUUGCUGGUUUGAAUACUCCACGUAAAUUCUCUGGUAUUACCAUGUUCUUGAAAGAAGAUGGUACCAUUGAUACUGAUCUCGUCCACAAACUUGCUUUCCUUGGUCAAAACAUUGCUGACAAUGUUACCAGUUGUCCAUCAAAGACUGCCUUGUUGGCCAAGAAUAAUCAAAAUACUGCCAAUGCUGAAUUAGAUGAUAACAAUUGUGGUAAAUUGGCCAAUACUCCAUACGGUCCAUACUUUGAUGGUGGUUUGGUUCAAAUGUGGGCUUCUGGUAAAUUCUACUACAUGUGUACCAGAAAUAACAACUUCUCCAACAGAGGUCAAAAGGCUAUCAUGAUUGUUCAAGGUGGUAGAUACUCUGCUGCUCCAUCCACUGCUUCACCAGCUUCAACUCUCUUGGUUGUUUUGUGCUCAGUGUUGAUCAUUGCUUUUAACAUGUUGUUCUAAAUGGAUUAAUCAGUAUUAAUCAAAUAAAACAAAACUAAUUUAUUAU